CCAUUAAUGCUCACGUAUAUAUAAUCUGUCCCUGUCCAUUUGACUCCAUGGCCCUCUCUUAACUUGAUUUUAUUGGAGUUUUUGAGGUCGCCCCCCAUCUUCUUCUUGCAUCCCACUUUCACUUGGAAAUGCUAAUGGAAGGCAGCCCCAAUGAUCGCCUCACCUUUGGCAAGAUGGGUUAUGGAUGCAAGCAUUAUAGAAGAAGAUGCAAGAUUCGAGCUCCAUGCUGCAACGAAGUCUAUGAUUGCCGUCAUUGCCACAAUGAAGCCAUGAGUAUGCAGCGCAAGAUUUAUGAUCGUCAUGAUCUAGUCCGGAGCGAUGUGAAACAAGUUAUUUGUUCUGUUUGCGACACGGAGCAGCCUGUUGCACAUGUUUGUGUGAAUUGUGGCGUCAAUAUGGGAGAGUAUUUUUGCGAAAUAUGCAAAUUCUACGAUGAUGAUAUUGAGAAAAAACAAUUUCACUGUGAUGAUUGUGGGAUCUGCAGGAUUGGAGGUCGAGAGAACUUUUUUCACUGCAAGAAGUGUGGCUCUUGCUAUUCAAUUAGUUUACGCAACAACCACCUCUGCGUGGAGGAUUCCAUGAGGCAUCACUGCCCUAUAUGCUAUGAGUAUCUAUUUGACUCCCUCAAAGAUGUGACGGUCAUGAAAUGUGGACACACCAUGCAUUCUGAAUGUUACGAUGAGCUGAUAAAGCGUGACAGGUUCUGCUGCCCUAUAUGUUCCAAGUCAAUCAUGGACAUGUCUAUGGCGUGGAAGAGAAUAGACGAGGAAAUUGAAGCGACCAUGAUGCCCGAGGAAUACAGAUACAAGAAGGUAUGGAUUUUGUGCAAUGACUGCAAUGACACGACUGAAGUUUACUUCCACAUAAUCGGCCAGAAAUGCAGCCACUGUGAAUCGUAUAAUACUAGAACAAUUGCUCCUCCCGUUCUUCCUCAGUAAAACAGUUUUAAAACUCCAUUAUUUUGCUCUGAUGCACCGGACAAGCUGGUGCAAUAUGAUUGAUGUUGUCGUUUGCUGUAAUUUUUAUACGUGUGGUGAUUGAUGUACACUAUUGUGUUGCUCUUCCUAUUAAUAUGGGGAAAAAAUGUAUCGAGCUCAGUGACUUUGGAUUGAUGUAUACAAAGUUUUAUUGGCUUGUUUA